CAUUACCAAAGUACAAAACAUAAACUCCUUCUGUCUCUCUCCUCUCUACCUCAAUUUAAUUCUCCUGAUUUGUUUUUUUUUCCACCAAAAAAAAGAGAUAACAAAGAAAAACAAAUAGCUAAAACAUAUGGCGGUAGACUCCAACCUCUCUUCGCCCUUGGGACCUCCGGCGUGUGAGAAGGACGCAAAAGCCCUUCGUUUCAUCGAGGAAAUGACCCGAAACGCCGACACCGUUCAAGAAAACCUUUUGGCGGAGAUUCUCGCUCGCAACGCUGACACCGAGUACCUCCGCCGCUUCAACCUAUGCGGCGCCACCGACCGUGAUACCUUUAAAACGAAGAUUCCAGUCAUUACAUACGAAGAUCUCCAGCCAGAGAUUCAACGCAUUGCUGAUGGAGACCGCUCUCCCAUCUUAUCUGCCCAUCCCAUCUCUGAGUUCCUCACUAGCUCUGGAACAUCAGCCGGAGAGAGGAAACUUAUGCCGACCAUUAAAGAAGAGCUCGAUCGUCGCCAGCUUCUUUACAGUCUCCUCAUGCCCGUAAUGAAUUUGUAUGUGCCGGGUCUAGAUAAAGGAAAGGGAAUGUACUUUUUGUUCGUUAAGUCCGAAACAAAGACACCGGGUGGGCUACCAGCUCGACCGGUUUUGACCAGUUAUUACAAGAGUGAACACUUUCGGUCACGGCCGUACGACCCCUACAACGUCUACACAAGUCCCAACGAAGCCAUUCUCUGUCCCGAUUCAUUUCAAAGUAUGUACACUCAGAUGCUAUGCGGCCUCCUUGACCGCCUUUCUGUCCUCCGAGUGGGCGCCGUCUUUGCCUCUGGUCUCCUCCGUGCCAUCCGCUUCCUCCAGCUCCAUUGGUCUCGCUUCGCCCAUGACAUCGAGUUAGGAUGUCUUGACUCCGAGAUAACUGACCCGUCUAUAAGACAAUGCAUGUCCGGUAUUCUCAAACCAGAUCCUGUCCUGGCAGAGUUCAUCCGCCGGGAGUGCAAGUCGGACAAUUGGGAAAAAAUCAUUACCCGAAUUUGGCCAAACACUAAGUACCUUGACGUCAUCGUAACUGGAGCCAUGGCUCAGUAUAUCCCAACGUUGGAAUACUAUAGUGGUGGUCUUCCGAUGGCUUGCACCAUGUACGCCUCCUCCGAGUGUUACUUUGGUUUGAACCUUAACCCAAUGAGCAAACCAUCAGAAGUCUCUUACACCAUCAUGCCCAACAUGGCCUACUUCGAGUUCAUCCCUCUCGGUGGCACCAAGGCCGUUGAACUCGUUGAUGUAAAUAUCGGUAAAGAGUAUGAACUCGUUGUCACGACCUAUGCUGGUCUCUGUCGAUACCGAGUUGGUGACAUCCUUCGAGUCACAGGUUUCCAUAACUCCGCACCUCAGUUCCACUUCGUGAGGAGGAAGAACGUCCUCCUCAGCAUCGACUCUGACAAGACCGACGAGUCAGAGCUUCAAAAGGCGGUGGAGAAUGCAUCAAGUAUUCUUCAUGAAGAGUGUGGGAGCCGCGUAGCCGAGUACACUAGCUACGCAGACACAAGCACGAUCCCGGGCCACUAUGUCUUAUACUGGGAGUUGUUAGUGAGGGAUGGGGCGAGGCAGCCAAGUCAUGAGACUCUGACUCGUUGCUGCCUUGGGAUGGAAGAGUCAUUAAACUCGGUUUACCGGCAAAGCCGAGUCGCGGACAACUCGGUUGGACCAUUGGAGAUUAGAGUGGUGAGAAACGGAACGUUCGAGGAGCUGAUGGAUUACGCAAUCUCAAGAGGUGCAUCAAUUAACCAGUACAAGGUACCAAGGUGCGUGAACUUUACACCUAUCGUGGAGUUACUAGAUUCUAGGGUUGUGUCGGCGCAUUUUAGCCCAUCCUUACCGCAUUGGACGCCGGAGAGAAGGAGAAGAUAAGGACAGGCCCAUGUUUUUUCCUUGGAGUUCUCGUGAAGUCAAAGGCUUUAAAAUUAAUUAGCGGUUUGGUCUUGUAAUAUAAUUAGAUUCCUUGCUGGUGCUUUAGUUUUUCUUCUCGCUUUUAAUGUGUCUUUUUACUCGUUUUUUUUCACUGUGGGAUCUCUGUGUGUAAUUUGGUUGUUUUUUUCUCUACUUGGGACAACAUAUCCUGAUUAGAGACGUUUUUUAUUCCCAGGGACCAUGUCUACUUUGAUGGAAAUCAAUGCCAUUCGAUUAGUAAAUUUGUUAGAAAAGUUUCGUUAUUUAUUUACAAUGUACUUAUUUAGCAGCUAAUUAAUUU